AUGGAGGGCGGCCCAGAGCAGCUCCAUCUGGGCAAGGCGCUAGACGAGGCAGGGGAUGGGCGGGCCUUGGCUGAAAUCCAGGAGCUGGCUCUGAAGUGGUUCAUGGAGACACAGGCCCCCUCUAUCCUACAGAAUGGAGCUCUGCCUCCCUGGUUUCAUGGAUUCAUCACUCGCAAGCAGACAGAGCAGCUACUCAGCGACAAAGCCCUCGGUUCCUUCCUCAUCCGCCUCAGUGACCGGGCUGUUGGCUAUAUCUUGUCUUACAGGGGUAGUGAUCGCUGCCGCCAUUUUGUCAUCAACCAGCUGCGAAAUCGACGUUACCUUGUCUCAGGAGACACCCUCAGCCACGGCACCCUUGAUGAGCUCCUACGCCAUUACCAGGAGGUGCAGCUUGAGCCUUUUGGGGAGACCCUUGCUGCUGCUUGCCCACGGCUAGAGGAAAAUGAUCUAUACGAUGCCAUCAACACGGGCCUCCAGCAGACUAAUCUAGGCCUGGAAAUUCCAGCCAUGGACUUUCCCAGCGUGCUCCCUGACAAGGCCACCAGUCCCCGCCUUCCUGCAAAGCCCCAGGUCUCCUUCCUGCACACCAAGAAAGCCCUAGACAUGAGUUCCCGGUCUGUCUCGGAUGAGGAGAGCGCAGAGGUACCCACUAGAGUGCCCCCCAUUCCCCAGAGGAGUCCCUCUCUUCUGGAUGAGUCUUCUGCAGGUCCCAGUGACAUCAUCUAUGCAGACCUGAAGAAGAUGAACCGGGCAAAGCUAGGCCUGGGCACAGAGGUAUGGGGCAGGCACAGGCCAGCUCCUGCUGGCAGCUUGGCUUGUUCCCCAGGCAGGGAGCCCUCAAGGAAACUCUCAGAUGAAGAUCAGAACAGGCCCAAUAGCCCAGGGCCUGCCCCAUCUGGGGUGAAGCCAGACCAAGGCUCGACAAUGCCUUACGCUUCCUUGGGAUUUCCCCUGCCCCCCGGUUCUGAGGCCCUGGGAUCACGGGCUACAACUUGGAGGCAGGGGUUUCUAAAGCUGAGCCAUGAGGCUCAGUCCUCCUCUGAAGCCAGCUCUACAGAUGCCCACCAGCUCGCUGAGACACCAGGCCUACGGCAAGAGGGUGGGGACAGAGCAGACCAGAGAGGCAGUACUUACGAGCAGAUUCCAACCUGCUGGCAUGGCACUGCCAAGCUCGCAUACCCUGGAGUCAGCCCCACAUACAGCCAACUCUCAGGGCCGACGGACUAUGGCUAUGAGAAGAUUUCAAAGACUUCGCAGCUCCCAGAGUCAGGGAACACCUAUGAGCAAAUCCCAGCCGCCAAGAACAAGGACUCAGGACGAGUGCACAAGCCCGACAAGUUCCGGAGGCUCUUCUUCACCGACAAGAAGCACAAAUUCUGA